GCUUCAGUUUUUACUAUUUCCGAUCGAAAAAAUACUGCUUGGAGCGAAAAAAUGAUUCUCUUUCAAACGUUAAACCUCUCAAAACCCUUGUCACUGCUCUGUGCAGCAGACGCUGAUUCCAAUCAUCGACCAUUUCUGUUCAAUUCCAAUCUUCGCAGUCAUGGUGGUUGUCCUUCAAAGCUAUUUCCGUGUUUUGCUGUUUCAGGAGGCUCUGAUUCAAAACCUCACCCAAAACCCACCUCCAAGCGCCAAUCCAAAGCCAGAAGAAAAACUGAAGCUUCCCAGAACGAAAUCGAAGAUUCUGGCACAGAUUCGCUGCUAAUAAUCCCCAGGAAGCCAAGGCGUGGUCGUAGGAGUGAAGCGGUUGCAGUUGAGGAUUUUGUACGAGGCUCGCUCACACGGACAUUUGAAUCGAUACGACAGAAGAAUCCUGAAGUUUUGGAUGAUAAGGAAAGUUUAAUGAAGGAAGAGGUUGUUGAGGAGAUGGAUACUGAAGAUGGUGACGAUGAGGAGGAGGAGGAAGAAGAUGAGAGUGUUGGUGAUGGAAAAAGAAAGAAGAAGAAGAUGGUGGUUGAGGAGGAAAGUAAAGAUUGGCCAUUGGAUGCUGACGUGGGGUGGGGGAUCAGGGCAUCCGAGUAUUUUGAGAAGCAUCCAAUCAAGAAUGUUGUGGGAGAAGAUGGGUUUGAAAUUGAUUGGGAAGGUGAGAUUGAUGAUAAUUGGGUGAGUGAGAUAAACUGUCUGGAGUGGGAGAGCAUGGCAUUCCAUCCAAGCCCAUUGAUUGUUCUUGUUUUUGAGAGAUACAACAGGGCAACUGAUAACUGGAAGACCUUGAAAGAGCUAGAGAAAGCAGCCAAGGUGUAUUGGAGUGCCAAGGAUCGAUUGCCUCCUCGGACGGUGAAGAUAGACAUCAAUAUCGAGAGAGAUUUGGCGUACGCUCUUAAAGUUAAACAAUGUCCGCAAAUAUUAUUUUUACGAGGAGACAGGAUCAUGUACAGAGAGAAAGAGUUUCGAACCUCAGAUGAGUUGGUCCAGAUGAUCGCACAUUUCUAUUAUAACGCCAAGAGGCCAUCGUGGGUCGACGCUGCUGCUAUAGCUCGUUACUAAUUCUUGUCAUCUUCUAUGUCUGUUUUUGACACAGUAGUAGAUGUCGCGCCCUAAACCCUAAACGCCAAGCCCUGGCUUUGCUUUCAUGGUGGAAUGCAUAUCUGGUUCUCUUUCCAUUCCAGUUGUAUUUGAUGAAUUUGCUUGGACAAACGAAUUUUGUCUGCAUAGGAGAUAUGAAGGUGCUAUAAAAUUCACCACAUUUGUUAAGGUUUACAUUA